AUGUCUCCUCUGUCAUUCGUCGUUUUCCUCUGUCCUCUCCUUCUGUGCUCUGUCACAACUCACGCUCGAUCCAGCGUGCCGCGGGCUUUCUCCUCGUUUUUAAAGCCGCAGACAUUUUCUUUUCUCGAUUCCAACUCCCCUCGUCUGUCAAGACGAUUUCUGUCCGCGCAGAAGCCUCCGCCACGGUUGUUUGCGUCCUCCAACAAAAUGACAGUCAAAGUGCUCGUUCCGAUCGCGCAGGGCUCUGAGGAGAUCGAGGCUGUCUGCAUCAUCGACGUGCUUCGUCGCGCCGGCGCGGAGGUGACCGUCGCGAGCGUGGAGGCGACGGCCGACCCCGUGGAGAUGUCGCGCGGCGUGUUCAUCAAGCCCGAUGUGCAAAUCGCCGCGGUGGAGGGCGAGAGCUUUGACUGCAUCGCUGUCCCCGGAGGAAUGCCUGGCGCCGGGCGCUGCCGCGACAGCGCCGUCCUGACCAGCAUGCUCAAGAAGCAGAAGGAGCAAGGGAAGUGGAUCGCCGCCAUCUGCGCCUCGCCCGCCGUCGUCCUCCACUCCCACGGCCUCCUUCAGGGCGAGAAAGCCGUCGCUUACCCCUGCUUCAUGGACAAGUUCCCCGCAGACAUGCGCGGCGAAGGACGCGUGUGCGUCAGCAACAAGACUGUUACAUCUGUCGGGCCUUCCUCUGCCAUUGAGUUCUCCGUGAAGCUUAUCGAGGUGCUUUUCGACGCCGCGAAGGCCAAGAAGGUUGCCGGCGACAUGCUCUGCUAA